AUGAAUGCUGUGAGAAGGAAUACCUUGAGAGCUUUAACUAGAUUUUACAGCGAAGGUACUCAGAGCACUCCUCCACCACCCGCGCAAGCCAGUCAAACACCACCAGACGUUCCUGGGCUGAGCAGCAAUGUAAUUCAUCCAGCGGCACAGCCAGUGGGCCCUGGCGUCGAUCCUCAGAAGGCUGGAGCCUACAAAGUUCCUGAAUACUUUCAGUACGAUAACAUGAGUUUCUUCGAAGCUGAAAUAGAGAUGUCCAGGUUUAGAUGCCCUCAGCCAUCUGCUCUCAAGAAGUAA